GGUGUCUUGCGGUGUCUGGGUGUGGCUGAGUUUAGGUGUGUGUUACAAAGCGCAGACCGUUGUGUGUGACGCAAUCUAUUGUGUGCCAGUGUGUCUUUAUCCACGUGGAUGCACGCCUCUUCCUUGCUCUGCCCCAGGACACACCCCAGUCCCUCCUUAGGCUGAGAAGGGAGGUUGGGGAGCCUCCCCUCUGCCCAAGGGCCACGCCAGCCCCUCCCUGCCCUGCCCAGCCGUCACCACCCCCCGAGGGCACAGACUCCUCUGUGCCUCAAAGCAGGAGCCCCAGAGUGAGGAGCAGAGCAGGCCGAGGACCUGCAAGCCACAGUGGCUGCCCUUUGUGUGCUGCGAGGUGGGGGACCCUGGGCAGGAAGCUGGCUGAGCCCCAAGACGGCAGGGGCCAUGGGCGGGGAGCUGGUGCCAGGCCUGGGGGCCCUGCAGAGGCGCAAGCAGCUGCUGGAGCAGGAGAAGUGGCUGGCUGGCUGGGCCCUAGUGCUGGCGGGAACUGGCGUCGGACUCAUGGUACUACACGCGGAGAUGCUAUGGUUCGGAGGGUGCCCGUUGUUCAUGACCGACAACGGGCUCCGGGACUGGCGCGUGGCGCUGACCGGGCGGCAGGCGGCGCAGAUCGUGCUGGAGCUGGUUGUGUGCGCGCUGCACCCAACGCCGGUGCGGGGUCCGCCGUGCGCCCAGGGUUUGGGGUCCCGGCCCAUGGCGACGCAGUCCUGGCCGGGCUUCCUGGAUGAGGGCGAGGCACUGCUGUCGCUGGCCAUGCUGCUGCGCCUCUACCUGGUGCCCCGCGCCGUCCUCCUGCGCAGCGGCGUCUUGCUCAACGCGUCCUACCGCAGCAUCGGCGCCCUCAACCAGGUCCGCUUCCGCCACUGGUUCGUGGCCAAGCUGUACAUGAACACGCACCCCGGCCGCCUGCUGCUCUGCCUCACGCUUGGCCUCUGGCUCACCACCGCCUGGGUGCUGUCGGUGGCCGAGAGGCAGGCCGUUAAUGCCACCGGACACCUUUCAGACACACUGUGGCUGAUCCCCAUCACAUUCCUGACCAUUGGCUAUGGAGACGUGGUGCCAGGCACCCUGUGGGGCAAGAUUGUUUGUCUCUACACUGGAGUCAUGGGGGUCUGCUGCACAGCCCUGCUGGUGGCUGUGGUGGCCCGGAAGCUAGAGUUUAAUAAGGCAGAGAAGCAUGUGCACAACUUCAUGAUGGACAUCCAGUACACCAAAGAGAUGAAGGAAUCAGCUGCCCGAGUGCUGCAAGAGGCCUGGAUGUUUUACAAACACACGCGCAGGAAGGACCGUGGGGCCGCCCGCAAGCACCAGCGCAGGCUGCUGGCCGCCAUCAACAGGUUCCGCCAGGUGCGGCUGAAACACAGAAAGCUCCGGGAACAAGUGAACUCCAUGGUGGACAUCUCCAAGAUGCACAUGAUCCUGUGUGACUUGCAGCUGGGUCUGAGCAGCUCACACCAGGCCCUGGAGAAGCGGAUGGAUGCACUGGCAGGGAAGCUGGACACCCUGACUGAGCUGCUUAGCACUGCCCUGGGGUCGAGGCAGCUUCCAGAACCAAGCCAGGAGGCCACGUAGCUGGACCCAUGGAGGAAGAACCAAGCUACUUUCCCUAGGACUGAGGUGGAGGACAUUGUCCCUGCUACUCCUGACCCAGCCCUAUGAAUAAAGCACCUCAAGUGCAAGGACCAAAGGGGCCCCACCUUAGGGUGGGCUCACUCACUGAUGGCUGCUGGAGACGACACUGGCUCAAGGAGAAAGGCUGUGGCCACACACACACACCCAAACCCCUGCCCCAAAUGGGAAAAUGGUCACUACUACCCCAUAUACCCUGGACAAAACAUCCUUACUAUGCUGCUAUGGAUGACCUCCAGCUUUCAGUUAGAAGUGGAGAUGCCUGGGGGCUGAGACUCCUGGGUCCCAGAGGAGGAGGGGGCUGAGACUCCAGGGUCCCAGAGUCCAGGAUCCUGGGGUGCCUUAGUUACCACUGGAUAGCGGAGCUAAAGGAACCAGGCCUGAGGCUGAGGUGGCAGGAGGGAGCGCCCCCUGGUGGGACAGCAAGGAGGACACAGUUUUCCAGAGCUGCAGAGAAUAUCUGGUGGGGAGAAGGUGGGGCGGGGGGGAGCACAGCUCACCAGUCUCUGCUCUUAACUUUGUAAUAAAUGUUCAAC